AUGGGUCGUUCUGAUAGUCGUAAACGUAAACGUACUACAAAGUCUGUCAAAGAAUCAAAUUCAAAAAGAACUAGGACAGCUAUUUAUCGACCUGAAGAUGAAGAUUCUACAAUGUCAGGUUCAUUAGAUUUUGAUAACGAAUCUGGGGAAGAUGCUUUUAAUAAUCAUAGUGAGGUCAAUGAUUCUAAUGCCAAGAAAAUUGGUAAAAUUAGCUCAGAGAUUGACGAUGAUUUUGAUGACAAUGUUGAACACGAUGAUGAGGAUAAUGAUGAUGAUGGUGAUAUAGAUGAAUAUGAAUCGGGCACAAUAGAUGCAGAUGAAUUACGUGUUGCCUCAAGAGCGCAAAUGACAAAAACUCGUCAACAGCACGAUCCUUCAGCGAAUAAACCAACAGACACAACAGUUGUCUGCACACCAAAAGAUGAAUUUGGUGCUAAGGAUAUGAGAAAUCUAUUAAAAUUACGUUUAGAUCAUCCGUCCCGUCCAUUGUGGAUAGGUCCAGAUGGGCACAUUUUUCUUGAAACUUUCAAUCCAUUUUCUCGUCAAGCUCAAGAUUUUUUGAUUGCUAUUUCAGAACCAGUCUGUCGACCUUUACACAUACACGAGUACAAACUCACCUCUUAUUCACUGUAUGCAGCCGUUUCAGUUGGUUUACGUACUGGUGAGAUAAUUGGUUGUCUACGUCGCUUAUGCAAAACUAAUCUACCGGACGGUAUUAUCGCAUAUAUUCGUAGUUGUACAUUGUCAUACGGAAAAGCAAAAUUAAUUUUAAAAGGUGGUCGUUAUUUUGUUGAAAGUCCACAUCGUCAAUUCUUAUAUCAGUUAGCAAAUGAUAAAAUUGUUCAACAGUGUUUGAAUAAAACAAAUGUUAUUACGGAAAGUGAUGAUAGUAAACAACAAGAAAAGGAAGUUGUAAAAUUGUAUAAUGCUGCAUCACUAGUAAUACAGCCGCAACACCAGCAAGAAGAUAGCAGAGAAGUUCAAACGGAGAAAGAAAUCGGUAUACAAGAUGAAAUGUUACGCCUUUAUGCUCGUUUGGAUGCAGACGAAGAAGCAGGUGAAGCAAAUUCUACCCUGGUUGAUACAACAAAAAAAUCAGGGAAUAAUUUCUGGGAACAGCCCAGUGAUACUGUAAAUAUUAAUGCGAUCGGUAUUGAAUCAGAUGUUACUGAUCGUGAAGGUGAAUUGAUGGAUAUAAAAGAUAAUGGCAACACUGUUGGCAUUAAAUUGGUUCUUGACUCAUCUGUUCCAAAUGAUCCGAAAACUCCAGUUGUACUUGCUUUAGAAGUGAAUCAAGAUCAAAUUGAAAUUCUUCAACGAAGAUGUAUUGAAUUAGAAGUACCAUUAUUAGCUGAAUAUGAUUUUCGUUUAGAUCGUACCAAUAAAGACAUUUUAAUUGAUUUAAAAGCCAGCACAACAUUAAGACCAUAUCAAGAAAAAAGUUUACGAAAAAUGUUUGGUAAUGGUCGGGCUCGUUCUGGUGUUAUUGUUUUACCCUGUGGAGCUGGUAAAACAUUGGUUGGUGUUACGGCUGCCUGUACAAUAAGAAAGCCAACAUUUGUUUUGUGUACAAGUGGUGUUGCUGUCGAACAAUGGCGUGCACAAUUUAAAUUAUGGUCUACUAUUGAAGAUGGUCAAAUAUUACGUUUUACUAGUGAUGCAAAAGAUCGUCCAAAUAUAAACUCACAUAUAUGCAUCAGCACGUAUAGUAUGAUUGCACAUUCAGCUAAGCGUUCAUAUGAAGCUGAUCGUAUGAUGAAUUGGAUCAAAAGUCAAGAAUGGGGACUUAUGAUUUUAGAUGAAGUGCAUACAAUCCCAGCUAAAAUGUUUCGUCGUGUUUUAACUCUAGUACAAGCACAUUGUAAACUUGGUUUAACUGCAACAUUAGUUCGUGAAGAUGAUAAAAUAACCGAUUUGAACUUUUUGAUUGGACCUAAAUUAUAUGAAGCUAAUUGGUUAGAAUUACAACAACGUGGUUUCAUUGCACGUGUUCAAUGCGCCGAAGUAUGGUGUCCGGUUACACCUGAGUUUUAUAGAGAGUAUUUAAAUAUGAAAAGUAUGAAAAAAUUAUUAUUGGCUGCCAUGAAUCCAAACAAGUUUCGCGUUUGUGAAUAUCUUAUACGUUAUCAUGAGCGUAGAAAUGAUAAAAUUAUAAUAUUUUCUGAUAAUGUAUUUGCGUUAAAAUACUAUGCGACAAAAAUGGGACGUCCAUUUUUAUAUGGUCCAACUGGUCAAGCAGAACGCAUGCAAAUAUUACAAAAUUUUCAACAUAAUCCUAAUGUUCCAGCAAUAUUUGUUUCUAAAGUUGCUGACAAUUCUUUUGAUUUGCCUGAAGCAACAGUACUCAUACAGAUUAGUGCUCAUGGAGGCAGUCGUCGACAAGAAGCCCAACGUUUAGGACGAAUUCUAAGGGCAAAGAGAGGCAUGGAUGCCGAGGCCUACAAUGCAUUCUUUUAUUCUCUAGUCUCUCAAGAUACCAUUGAAAUGCAGUAUGCUUUAAAACGUCAACGUUUCUUAGUGAAUCAAGGAUAUUCUUAUAAAGUUAUAACAAGACUAGCAGGAAUGGAGAAUGAGUCGUUGAAAUUGAGUACAAAACAAGAACAAGCUGAAUUAUUAAAUCGCGUAUUAGCUAGUACAGAUGAGGAUGCUAUGGAAGAGAAGUUACCAACUGAUCCGGAUAGUUUUAAUUAUACAAACAUUUCUACAGGCAUCUCUGGCUUGAUUCGUAAAUCUAGUAAAAUGUCCAGUUUAUCUGGUGCCGAUGACGCUAUUUAUGUUGAUACUAGCUCAUCGGCUUCUAGAAAAGACAGAUUGAAGGAAAGACAUCCAUUGUUUCGUUUAUUCAGAAGAUAG